UACAAAUUAUUAUACGAAAACGGACUUCAGUUAGUGGAAAAUUCUAUCUUGGAUGCACCAAGACCAUUAGAUGGGGCUAGUAUAUAUAUAUAGAUACACAUAUACAUACACUUUCUCUCACAUCCAAUGGACUAAGUGCAACCAAACACAGAAAAGUCCCUUCAAACAGACUAAAUUCAAUACAUGGUCCUGUUAGAAGAUACUUCCAAACAGUACUAAAUAAAUGUUUGUCUGCUGCAUUUUUAGGGGCCAUUUUUAAUUAGCCCCCACCUAAAAGAUUCGACGCAGCAACCAUUAACACCACUGCCUUUUCAUUUUUUUUCCCCACCUUAAAUCUCCCCUUUGGAGAGAGAUAGAGAGAGGGGAGAAAAUUCAUUAACACUAUGACCAUCCAUCUCCACUAUAAGAUCACAACCCUACUCGCCGUCUUGGUUUUAAUCAAUCCUUCGUUUGUUUUCGGCGAUCGUUGCACCACCGGCCGCCAUGGCGAGGAGGUGCAGACCGCCACUGGCGGCGCCGCCGCCGCCAGGGAGGCGCUCAAGUACAAAUUGGGGGCGAUAGUCGCCGUCCUGGCGGCCGGCGCGGUCGGCGUCAGCCUGCCGCUCCUCGGCCGGAGAGUCGAGGCGCUCCGGCCGGAGAACGACGUAUUCUUCAUGAUCAAGGCGUUCGCGGCCGGAGUGAUCCUGGCCACGGGAUUCAUCCACAUCCUCCCCGACGCGUUCAGGACGCUGACGUCGCCGUGCCUCGCGGAGGACCCGUGGCGGAGGUUCCCGUUUGCGGGGUUCAUCGCCAUGGUGGCUUCGAUCGGUACGCUAAUGGUGGACACAUUAGCGACCGCCUUCUACAAGAACAUGCAUUUCGACACGGCGAAGCAAGUGAAUGAUGUGGGCGACGAAGAGGAGGGUAGUAUCCACCCCGAGGAUGGGCAUGAUGCCCGUGUUGACAUACAUGCGCACGCCACGCAUGGCCAUGCCCACGGAGCAUCUGCAGCUCUUCCGUCACGGAAGAGCGGCAGCGUGUCGGAUAUCGUCCGACAGCGCAUAAUAUCACAAGUGUUGGAGUUGGGAAUCGUGGUGCACUCGGUAAUCAUCGGGAUCUCACUAGGAGCUUCUCAAAGCUCUUACACAAUAAAACCUUUGUUGGUUGCUCUCUCUUUUCACCAGUUCUUUGAAGGUAUGGGCCUUGGUGGAUGCAUCUCUCAGGCGAGGUUCAAGUCCGUGACAACGAUGAUCAUGACGUUGUUUUUCUCACUAACGACUCCGAUUGGAAUCGGGGUCGGAAUCGGAAUAUCGAGCGUUUACAAGGAGAAUAGCUCGACGGGAUUGAUAGUCGAAGGGGUGAUGAACUCUGCUUCAGCUGGGAUAUUGAUUUACAUGGCUCUGGUUGAUUUAUUAGCAGCUGAUUUUAUGAACCCUAGAAUGGAAGGCAAUUUGAGGCUUCAGCUUGGUGCACACACUUCACUUCUACUAGGUGCUGGAUGUAUGUCCUUUCUUGCUAAAUGGGCUUAAUUUAAUUUUAAUUUUAAUUUUAAAUUGUGUGUGUUUGUAAUUUGUAUUGUGUGUUUCAUUUUAAUCUUGUCUUUUAAUAAAAUGUACAACUUCUGGUUUUAAUAAAUUUUAAUUUUCUGAUUUUG